AAAUGUCAAAGGCUUUAGUAGCGAGUUUCUUGCUGGUUUAUUUCAGCGGUGCCCUCGUUUCAGCCACCACAGACAAAGUGGUGUGCUAUUGGGGGACGUGGUCCACUUAUCGCUGGGGCAAUGGGCGCUUCACUGUCGACCAUAUUGACCCAUAUUUGUGCACCCAUAUCAUCUAUUCCUUCGUUGGGCUGCAAGCCGAUGGUAACGUGAGACACUUGGAUGAGUAUUUGGACGUGGAUGCUGGGACCAUAGCUAAGCUAAAUGCCCUCAAAGUGAAAAAUCCAAAUUUGAAAACUUUGAUCGCAAUUGGGGGAUGGAAUGAGGGUUCGGAGACGUACUCACAGGUGGCGGCUGACGCCGCCAAACGGGCCACUUUCAUCAAGAGUGCCUUGAAUUUGGUCCAGAAAUGGGGCUUUGAUGGGUUUGACCUUGACUGGGAGUACCCUGGACAACGUGGGGGCGCAGCUGCUGAUAUACAAAACUACGCCACUUUGAUUAAGGAAUUUAGGGAGGUUUGGGACCAACAUGGGUUGCUUUUGACGGCGGCUGUCGCCGCCGCUGGGCCCUCAGUGGACUUGUCUUACCAUGUGCCAUCUUUGAGCAAGUAUCUCGAUUUUAUUAAUGUGAUGGCGUACGAUUUGCACGGAUCAUGGGAGUCGGUGACUGGGCAAAAUGCCCCACUUUAUGCCUCCUCGAUUGACGUUGAGGGUAGUCAAAAGUUACUCAAUGUGGAUGCUUCCAUUCGAGGGUGGAUUGAGAGAGGGGCUGAUCCAGGAAAAUUGGUUCUAGGACUUGGGGUUUAUGGGCGAAGUUUCACACUCGCUAGUGCGAGUAAUAAUAAAUUGGGGGCGCCCAUUGUGGCAGGAGGGGAUGCUGGGAGGUAUACAGGGGAGCGUGGAAUGAUGGGUUACAAUGAGAUCGUGGAAGCUCAAAAUGCAGGCGGUUGGACCACUGUAUGGGACGACGAGCAAAAAACGCCCUACAUGUACAAGGGAAACCAAUGGGUUGGUUACGACAACCCCAAAUCGAUCGCAAUCAAGGUACAAUACGCCAAAUCGUUGAACCUUGCCGGAGUCAUGAUCUGGUCCAUUGAAACCGACGAUUUCAACGGCCUUAGCGGAACCAAAUACCAGAUUUUGAACGCAAUUAACGCCGCUUUGAAAUCCGAUGAAAUCCCUCCUGAGCCUGUACCGACUCCUGAACCCCAACCAACCCAGACCACUGAAUCUGAGCCAACUCAGGCCUCCGAACAACCAACAGAAUCUUCGACAACUCAAAAACCUCAAACUACCAAAACUCCAGAAUCUGGAAAUGAGUCAGAUGGGGUUUGUACCAAGGAAGGGAUUGUGAGGGAUCCAAGUGACUGCUCUGUUUACUACACUUGUGUGUCUGAUGGAAGUAAAUUGGUCAGCAUCCAGAGGAAGUGCAACCAUGGGCUGGUCUACGACCUGGAACUCAACAUCUGCAAUUAUCCACAAGUUGUCCAGUGUUGAGUUUUGCUGUUUUAAUCACAAAUAAAGAUUUAUAAAGCAA